AGCGCUUGCCAACAUUGACUGUCAAAUUAAUUAAAAAAAAAGUGACGUGGGUUAAAAAGUUUCGAUUAAUUAAGAUAUAAUUGAUCAAUGAUUCAUUGAGAAAUGCUAACGGAUUAAUCGUAACUGAACUAUUUCCAGCACAAUGGCAAACUUAAGCAGUAUUCUCGAAAAAUUGCGGCUGUGGCGAGAAAACAGCGAUCGUAAAAGUCGCAAAGUUGUAGAAUAUUGGAUCAAUGAACUCCAAUCAAAUGUUCAGAAGUUGGGAAAAGAAAAAGCUCUCAUUUUAGAGCAAGUUUGCAUAGCUGCUCUAGACUGUAGCGAAUUCAAUAUAGCUAAAAAAUGUCUCAAAGAAUUACAAAAAGAUUUUCCUAACAGUCUAAGAGUGAGAAAAUAUGAGGCCAUGUUUUAUGAAGCACAGGAAAAGUAUGAAGAGGCUAUUAAGAUCUUGGAUGAUAUAAUCAAAGUAGACGAGACUAAUAGUGGCGCCAAGAAACGUAAAAUUUCAAUUCUGAAAGCUCAAGGUAAAACCGUUGAGGCCAUCAAAGAACUGACGGAGUAUCUGAAAAUCUUUAUGGCUGAUGGUGAAGCUUGGCAAGAGCUAAGUGAACUUUACAUAACUGAGCAGGAUUUUCAAAAGGCCGCUUUUUGCGUUGAAGAAUUAAUUUUACACAACCCCCAUAACCACUUAUUGCAUCAACGUUACGCUGAUAUAAAAUACACCCAAGGUGGAUUGGAAAACAUUGAAUUAGCCCGUUCUUAUUACUGCCAAGCUAUCAAAUUGAACCCUAAAAACAUGAGGGCCCUUUAUGGCCUCUAUGUUGCAACUACUGCUAUUGCCACUUCACCAAAAUGUUCAUCCCAGAAAAAGAAAGAAGCACAGAAACUAUCAGAGUGGACAUUGAAUGAAAUUCAAACCCAGUACAAAAACUCGAAUAUUGAUUGUAUUGAGGAUAGGCUUGGCGCACUGCAAAUUAAUUAAGAUAGCAUUGUUAGGAUCAUAAGGAUCAAAGAAAUCAGGCAGUAAAAAUGCGUUUUCCCAAAUAUAUUAACAAAAAAUGAAA